AUGAUGGCUGAAGCUCCAGAUGAAAGCAACAACAACGCGUUGGGUGGUGCUGCUGCCACUGCCAAUUCUGGUAGUAAUCGACAAGAGGAACCACCAAAGGGAACAAUGCAAUUCCUAGACCCCAAGAAAGGAGCUGAAAAGUUAAAGGAAAAGAUGCGCAAUCAAGCCACUGCGACGAAUCAACCGCAAUCCAAAAGAAAGCCACAAGGGGGCACCUUGUGCUUUCUGGAUCCCAACAGAGGAGACAAAGGACAGGCAAACAUUUCAUUAUCAGCAUCAAAGCCAUCACAAGCUGAGACGGCUCGGGAAGAGAAAACAGAAGAAGGACCCGAUCAUGAAACAAAGCAUCCAAACGAAGAGGCGGACUAUUAUGACACCUCAGGGCGCCCCGUCCAUAAGCACAAUAUACCAGCUGGCUUCGACCGUCCAGGAGCCUAUUCUGGAGCUCCGGGGGCGGCCUACGAAGCUAUGGCGCCAGCAAGCUUACAUAUGCAGGAUAUUCAGGCUACCAUCACAGUAGAUCCAAUGGUAGACCCCAGUGACAGUGAGACUGACGAACUUGGCUCCAAUGAAACCCACGUUUCUUUACAUCCUCGAGCCAACACCAACUUUCCAACAAUUUCUGCAGCGCAAUCAAACCAUGCAGGGGCCCAAGAUGGUGCAAGCAGCAGCAAUGCCAGCAAUAUUGGACUAGCGGUUGCAGAGCUGGUGCAAGAGGAUGACAUGCCGCGGCAACAUGCCGCAGAAGUUCAAAUGGAUGAAUCGAUACAAAGGAAGCAAGGAUCAAUGAAACGAUUCAAAACUUGGAUUCUGUUGGCGGGCAUUCUCUUCAUCGCUGCUGUUGCAGCAUUGAUUGCAGUUCUUGUCAGUGGAGGCACACCAGAUGAGUCUGAGUCACAGCCGUCAUUGGAGACACCAGUCAACAUUUCUGAUUCUCAACCAUCAGGUAUGGAAGAGAUGGAACAAGCCUUACUGACUCUCUUCCCAGAGGAAACUGUUCAGGCCAUCAAGGGAGACUCAGAGUCCCCCCAAUCUCAAGCACUCCAAUGGCUGAUUGCUGACAUUGACAGCCAAAAACAAGUGCCACUUAAUGACCAAAUCAAGCAACGGUUUGCUUUGGUUACACUCUACUUUGCCACCAGCGGAGCCUCAUGGACCAACAAUGAAUUCUGGCUUGAUCACAACAUCCAUGAGUGUGACUGGUUUAUCAAGCCAGACUUUGCUUUGAAGGGAAAAGUGUCUCAAUUUCUCAAUGGUUACCUGAAAGAAAUGUUUCCUCCAACCGACCCGCCUCCAACAACUUGCAAUGCCCAUGGGUUGUUUCAGAAUCUCUGGUUGGAUGAAAACAAUCUGCGUGGUACACUGCCAGAGGAACUCUUCUGGCUAUCGUCCCUUGAGACUCUCUCAUUAGGAGCCAACAAUCUCCGUGGGAGUAUUUCUAGCCAUGUUGGAAGGCUGACCUCAUUACAAGGGCUGGCAAUUUCAUUCUUGCGCAAUGCUGGGACGAUUCCAACUGAACUUGCCUUGCUCACAAAUCUGGGUUCUUUGGGAUUAAAUGACAACUGGCACACUGGAUCAAUUCCCACUGAGAUAUGGCAGCUGACUACUCUGCAAACACUUGGUCUGAGCCUAAAUCCUGAUUUGAAAGGCAGCAUACCAACUGAGGUUGGAUCCCUUCCCAAGCUGAGAUGGAUGAACCUUGAUGAUUGUGACAUCUCUGGCAGCAUUCCCACAGAACUUGGCAAGUUGGAAUAUCUGGAAUGGAUGGUUCUUGAGAGGAACAGGUUGACUGGGACAGUGCCGUCAGAACUUGGUGUACUUCCCAGUAUCUUGUUGAUGUCUUUUUACAACAACUCUCUUCAGGGAACCUUGCCAACCGAGCUGGGACUCCUAACAUCGCUCACACUGCUGAAUGCUCGUAACAAUUCUCUUUUUGGCUCUAUUCCAAGUGAAUACGGCCUUCUUUCCUCCUUGGCUUUGGGUCUUGAACUCCAAGACAACCUUCUCUCUGGUACAAUACCAGUGCAACUAGCCAACCUGGUCUAUCUGUGGAGACUUAGUUUGCAAGAGAACCAACUCUCUGGCCACAUACCAAGUGAAUUUGGCAAGAUGUUAGUUUUGGGACUGUUGAAUCUUGCCAACAACUCCCUCUCUGGAACUGUGCCUCAAGAACUGGGAGAACUGAAACAAUCCCUAUUUUCUUUGAACUUGGAGGUAAAUCCACUCUUGUCUGGAGAACUUCCAGAUCCCCUUUGUAGCCUUGGUGGCUAUUGUUUUGGUGUUGCAUCCUUGCCCUGUUACAACUAUGGUGUCCAUUUUGACUGUGGCAACCUGAUAUGUGGCUGUGGAUGCCCUUGUGACGAUAACUAGCUAGGUCGCAAUUGAGUUCUUUCAUUUUGAAGGGCUAUCAAAUGGCCGGCAAUGCUCUAUACGGUACCACUGUACAGGCAG